AUGGCGACAAAUUCGCAUCCCCCACCGCCACCUCCUAAACGUAAGUCUCCGCCUCCACCGCCACCUCCUAAACCUAAGUCUCCUCCGCCACCACCUCCUAAACCAAAAUCUCCCCCUCCACCACCUCCAAAAUGUAAAUCUCACCCAUCGCCGCCGCCUCCGCCCUCGGUAACUCCCCGCCGCCCACCGUCACUCCCCCGCCGCCGCCUCCACCGCCCACCUCGUGACUCCGCCGCCGCCACCCGCCGUAACUCCGCCGCCUCCGCCUCCGCAGACGUAACUCCCCCGCCACCGCCUCCGCCAGACGUGACCCCACCGCCGCCGCCUCCGCCUGUUGUGACUCCCCCGCCUCCUCCACCGCCCGCCGUGACUCCCCCGCCUCCACCGCCGCCAGACGUGACUCCCCCGCCACCUCCGGAUGACUCUGAAGUUUUAUGUCCGGUGGAUGUCAGUAUAUUUAGGGAAAAUUUACUUAUUAGUAACUGA